CUCUCUCUCUCUGUUUCUCUCUCUCUCUCUGUUUCUCUCUCUCUCUCUGUUUCUCUCUCUGUUUCUCUCUCUCUCUCUCUGUUUCUCUCUCUCUCUCUGUGUUUCUCUCUCUCUCUCUCUGUUUCUCUCUCUCUCUCUCUCUCUCUCUCUCUCUCAUUUACAAGUUAUUAACGUGUGAUAUUGUGGCACCAUCAUCAGCUGCAUCGAAUCCUGGAGGAGGUUGGCUGUUGCAUUGUAGGACAGACAGAUAACCUGGUGCCUGCUGACAAGGUCAUGUACGCUCUGAGAGACGUUACGUCUACAGUCGACAGCCUCCCACUCAUCACAGGCUCUAUCAUCUCUAAGAAGGGUGCUGAAUCUCUGAGUGCCUUGGUUCUGGAUGUGAAGUUUGGGAAUGCAGCUCUCUACAAAGACCUGGGCAGUGCCAAGUCACUGGCCCAGUCCAUGGUGACAGUUGGGAACAGUUUGGGGAUCCGUACGGGGGCGGUGCUUAGUCGUAUGAACUGUCCUAUUGGUCGCUGUGUGGGGAACACUCUGGAAGUGAUGGAGUCCCUGGAGUGUCUAAAGGGGAGGGGCCCAGACGACAUACUGGAGCUGGUCACAAGUCUGGGUGGGCUGCUGUUGUGGAUGAUUGGCCGUGCAGGGAGCCUGGAGGAGGGUAAAAAGGUGAUCUCUACAACCCUGCAGAAUGGUGCAGCCCUGGAAAAGUUCCAGAACAUGAUGAUUGGUCAGGGAGUAGCCAGUCAGAUCGCUGCAUCACUCUGUUCAACCAACGCAGACUACUACAGCAUCCUGAGACAGGCACACUACCAGACAGAACUGGAGACACAGAGCCACGGAACAGUGCUGGACAUUGACGGCAUGGUCAUUGCUCAGGUGCUGCACAGGUUGGGGGCGGGACGUUCGAAGGCCGGAGACCCUGUCAAUCACAGCGUGGGGGCGGAGCUUCUGGUGUCUUUGGGACAGAAGGUGGAGGAAGGGCAGCCAUGGCUGCGUGUCCACUACGAGACUCCGGCGCUGAGUGCAGAGCAGAGACUCAGUCUACAGGGGCGCUGACACUGGGGCCCGUCGACCAGCUACACACACAGCCACUAGUGGCAGAAAUCAUACUGCCAUAGUGACACAAAUCCACUCUAUGUUAAAGCUUGAUUGGGAGAUGACCUGCCUUUGGGAAUCUCAGUGUUUCAUUUUUAAAGGAUGUAUAGUUCAGAACUAAAGCCUCUGUCUCCUGCUCUUCACUCUCAAAGUCCUCUCUGAUUCACUCAUAUAAAGUCAUAAGAUUCUGUGGAGACUAAAUAGAUGUUUACCGUUUCCAGGAACUGUGUGAAGGCAAUUUCUGUUAAACGUUACUAAUGCUUGUGUACUAACAUAUCCUUCUUUAAGCCUCGGCAUUGGGCUUGAGAUGGUUCAAGAAACUCACAUAAGAUAUAAAAGUGUGUGUGCACAUUAAUAGAGGCAUGUUGUAACUGUUCUGGGUGUGUAGAAUGACCCCAGGAUGUCUGGGAGCUCAGCCAAUACUUGACAGGAACUGACUGGUUCCUCUUAAGUUAACUGGAGACAGAGUAAAGGUUUUAUCCUGCA